CAGAGUCAGUGAAAUCGAGCAAUCCUUCCUCCAGCGCUGUAAAAGCACGGUGAUGGAGAGAGAAACACGGGUCCAGCCUUUUUAAUUCUCUUUAACUAUAAAAGCUCUCAAUUAUACAUCCGAGGUGCUGCGUUUUACCCCUCCAGUUCCUAAGCAACAGCUAUUUUCAGAUUGAGUGCGUCUGGUGUUGUCUACCUACUCCAGGCUCCUUCCUGCGAGGUGGCUGGUGGCUGCUCGCUGCCUCAGCCUCUUGCUGUGCCACUGAAGGAGCAGAUGCUUUGAGGAGCAGCAGGAGCUGGGCUCUGACCAGUCUCCACCUCGCAGCUCACACCAACUUGAGUGCUUCGGGGAGCUCUGCCGUUCUACAAUGAAGAGCAGGAGUGAGAAUUAAGGCUCUUGCCGCUGGUUUGGGACAGAAGCUUUUUUGUCAAGUCUGGCAAAGCCUCUAGAGCAGAUUCAGGAGGAUGAGCCGGAAAUCCCUGUACUUGCUGAAGCGCAGGUGGGAGUCCAUUCCCGCUGCUGACCAGUCUUCUGGCACCAGCAUCACGGUGGACAUCGCUGUCAUGGGAGAAGCACACGGGCUCAUCACAGACCUCCUGGCCGAUCCUUCGCUGCCCCCCAACGUCUGCACGUCGCUGAGAACAGUGAGCAACCUGCUCAACACACAGCUGACCUUCCAGGCCAUCCACAAGCCAAGGGUGAAUCCUUUGGUGUCCUUCAGCGAGAACUACACCUGCUCCGACUCAGAGGAGUGUCCGGAGAAAGGAGAGAAACUUGCAAUUCCCAAGCGCUUACGGAGAAGUUUGCCUCCAGGACUGCUGAGACGAGUGUCCUCAACCUGGACCACAACCACAUCAGCCACAGGAUUGCCCACUCUGGAGCCAGCUCCAGUGAGAAGGGACCGCAGUGCCAGCAUCAAACCUCACGAGUCUUCUCCAUCCAGCUCUGACUCCUGGAACAGCUCCAUUCUGAUGACAAUCACCAAGAGCAGGUCCUUCUCCACCUCCUACGCCGUGUCCUCUGCCAACCACCUGAAUGCCAAACGGCAGAGCCGGCAAGGUAUUCCACCAAAUAUUUCACCUCUCACCUCCCCGUGCCAUUCACCGAUCCAGGGGACGCCUGCCACGAGUCCUACUGGAAAAACAUCUUCUGUGUCAUUUCCAGAGCCUACAGACACUGACACCAAGCAGGGCCUAAAGCCACACAAAGUCUUAACUUCUACUCAGAGUGCACCUAGCCUGUCAGACCCUAUCAUCAGCCCCUCCAUCAUCUGCAGCAGCUGUGGCAGACCCUACAACCAAAUAGAAGCUGGCAAUGGGACACUAAAUAGAAAUGAUGCUACUACACACACCCUGAACAGAACAGAUGAUCCUGCUCAAGCCACUUCUGACUACGAGACCAACAACAGUGACAGCAGUGACAUCGUGCAGAACGAUGACGACACGGAUUGCUCCAAGGAGCAGCCACGGAAGGGAUCUGGCUGUAGGUCCUACACACCCGAGACCAUCAUCCUGCAUCCCUUGACACCACCUGAGGACAAGCCUGUACUGGCUCCUGAACCUCUGGUUAUGGACAACUUGGAUCCCCUGAUGGAGCAGCUAAAUAGUUGGAACUUCCCAAUCUUUGAUUUGGUGGAAAAAAUUGGGAAGAAAUGUGGUCGGAUUCUCAGUCAGGUAUCAUACAGGCUUUUUGAUGACAUGGGGCUGUUUGAAACCUUUAAAAUACCAGUGAGGGAAUUUAUGAACUACUUUCAUGCUUUGGAGUGUGGAUACCGAGAGAUACCUUAUCACAACCGAAUCCAUGCCACUGAUGUUCUACACGCCGUGUGGUACCUCACAACCCAGCCCAUCCCAGGACUCCCAACUGUGAUCAAUGACCACGGCUCAGCGAGUGACUCAGAUUCUGACAGUGGAAUCACUCACGGCCAUAUGGGAUAUGUGUUUUCAAAGACAUACACACCUACAGAUGACAGCUACGGAUGCCUGGCUGGCAACAUCCCUGCCCUGGAGCUGAUGGCUCUUUAUGUAGCUGCAGCCAUGCAUGAUUAUGAUCACCCAGGAAGGACCAAUGCCUUCUUGGUGGCAACGAGUGCUCCUCAGGCGGUGCUGUACAACGACCGCUCCGUGCUGGAGAACCACCACGCUGCUGCUGCCUGGAACCUCUUCAUGUCCAGGCCAGAGUACAACUUCCUGGUCAACCUGGACCACGUGGAGUUCAAGCAUUUCCGCUUCCUCGUCAUCGAGGCCAUUCUGGCGACUGACCUGAAGAAGCACUUUGAUUUUGUUGCCAAGUUUAAUGCCAAGGUGAACGAUGAUGUUGGAAUUGACUGGACCAACGAGAAUGACCGCUUGCUGGUUUGUCAGAUGUGCAUCAAACUGGCCGACAUCAACGGGCCUGCCAAAUGCAAGGACUUGCACCUGCAGUGGACAGAAGGCAUCGUCAAUGAGUUUUAUGAACAGGGUGAUGAAGAGGCCAGCCUGGGCCUGCCCAUCAGCCCUUUCAUGGACCGCUCUGCUCCCCAGCUGGCACACCUCCAGGAAUCCUUCAUCACUCACAUCGUGGGACCACUCUGUAACUCCUAUGACUCAGCAGGGCUGAUGCCAGGAAAAUGGAUAGAAGAGAGUGACGAGUCAGGAGACACUGAUGAGCAAGAAGAGGAGGAAACAGGAGAAAUGGAAACUUGUGAAAACGCCGAAUCCAGAAAGAAGAAGUUCAAGAGGAGGAAAAUCUACUGUCAGAUAACUCAGCACCUGCUUCAGAACCACAAGAUGUGGCAGAAAGUGAUUGAGGAUGAGGAGAGGUUAGCUGGGUCAGAGAAGCAAGGCACGGAGCAAUCCCCACUGCACCAAUCUUCAGAACAAAUCCAGGCCAUCAGGGAGGAGGAGGAGGAGAAAGGGAAGUCCAAGAAGGAUGAAGAGGAGAACACAACUGUAGAACCAAACCAAUGACAAUAUUUACAGCAGUAUUUUAAGACAGAUUGACUCGUGCACAGACUCUUUCUCAAGCCAGCACAGCAUUUAGACACAACACUGUAGAAGUACGGGAUAAUGCGCCUACAGCUGUUUAAUUUGUUUCUCUUUCCUUUUUAUGGUGAGGUACAUUGUUUAAACUCCUAUGCUCAAGGAAGCUUUCACACUGCAACACCGGCUUUACAGACUUUCUUUGAAGAGAUUUGGGGGUGGGUGGAAUUAUAUAAAAAUAUAUAUAUAGCCAGGGUUAUUGGCUGCACACUUCAGCAAAAUACAUUUAAUGAUAUAUUAUGGUCACUGUGAUAUUUACAGGAGAAAGUUAUCUGAGGAAAUGCUGCUUCUGAAGCACAUUUGCAGUUAACAGUAAGGUACCAGUUAAGUAGCUUUUUGCUCUUAAUGCUGAGGGAUAAAAGUUCCAAAGCUUUAUAUGAAUGCUGAUAUAUCCUGCCAACACAUAUGUGCGAGUGAGGGGGUGUUUGCAAGUGUGAGUGGAUGUGAGGAAAUACAGCAUGGUCUGAGUUCUUACCACACUAGCUGUAGCACACGUCCCAGCACACCACAACAAACAGAAGGCCAGAAUUGUAAAGAAUUUGUGCCUGCAAGGGAACAAUUUUGAGGAGCUUUGCUUUGCCAUAGCCCUCCACCCCCACUCCAGCUGCGGGCAGCCUCCAACCAGCAGCAGCCCAGGCGCUGCUCUGGCCCUACCCAGCUGUGCUGGCAUCACCUCUUCCUCUUCCUCCUCAGCACCUCCCAGACUGCUGGCGAAGGGGAUGUGCCAGGAGGGCUGUUUGCAAAGGGGGCAGUGCAUGGCACAGCAAUCUGUGCCCCUGGAGGAGGCUGGCCCUGCCUGUACAUGUGCAGGGUGAGCGGCGGUGCGGGGCCGCGCGCGCCUUUGGGCAGGAGAACGUGGGGGCACGCUGUCCUCUUCUGCCCUCACCCCUGCCUCUGGGUGGCCAAAUGUGUCAUUUGAGAACAAAGCUAAACUGCUGGGAGACAAAGGAAAGGAGAGUGGGGGCCAGGGCAUUCCCCAGAAGAAGGCAAAGGGUGCCUCAGGAGCUGCAGGGGACAGUGCCAGUCCUGCGUGGGCUGGGCACUCGGUGUCCCAGGAUCUGCUCACCUGCAUUUUCAGUGUGAGGUGCUGCAUGGGAGCAGUUUGCUGCUGGCAUUCUGCUUAGGAGCAGCAUGUUUUAUCCCACCAAUAUAUUUUUCCUUCUUUCUUCUUUUUUUUUUUUUUUACUUUUUUUAACAGAAAGAAAAAGAUCGGGCCUGUAAGAACAGCAGAUCUUUUUUGUUGUUGUUCUGUUCAUUUGUUUUUCUCUGUUGUUUAUGCUGUGAGCCAAAUGUCUAUUUAAAAGGUUGGAUAUUCACUUUCAAUAUUUUAUUUCACGAUAUAUGUGUCAAUGAUUAGCUAUCUAGAUGUAAAUAUGGAAAAAUUUUUAUGGGUUCCUGUAGAUAAUGAUAUCUUUAAGAAAAAAAAAAAAACAAAGAAAAAGAAAAAAAGGGAAAAGUUGUUUUGUAAAGAUAAUUUUUUAAAAAAUAAAUACAAAAACAUUUUUAUACAGUGUAGCCAUUUCCAAACCCCACAAAGUCUUGAGUAAUCUGUAUAGACCCUUCUGGGAAGCCAGUGGUCUACAGGAUCAAGGCUUUAAAAUAUUAAUGGUCUUGGGGACUGGCAGCACCAAACAGUACCCCACAAUUUAGAGAUUUGUUCCCACAGAAAGAGUUAUAUAUACAAACUUCAGUAUCUCUCAGAACUCCUUCAAUUAUGUGUGCUUUUUCUACUUUGAUUCUGCAGCCCAUUACCAUGAAGAGGUUUGCUUGUGAGAGUAAGAUUCCUUGUGAAAGGCAGAGUUUGUUAGAAGUCCUUUCUGUGUUGAAUUUCUGACAUUGCACCCAUCACUUUUUGCUGUUGUUACACAUUCACCAAAUUUCAUGAUCCUGUUGACACCUCCCCACAAUGUUGGAAAACAUUCUCUAUCAAAGCCAAUCACAGGCGUGUUAUCACUUCAGAGCUCCCUCUUGCUUUGCAUUUCUGUCAGAAUGAGGUUUUGCUCAAAAGAGGAUUUGGGGUUUUUGCUGAUUGCAUUUUCCUGAUUCUGUCCUGUCCUCCUCUUGCCGGUAGAAAAUGUGUUUGCCUUUCAGCAGAGUGACUGGGCAGGUUCUGAAUGUUCUUAUCAGCAGGAAUAUUUAGGAAGUGUUUUCCAGUGAAAUCAGGAAUGCAAUGAUCCAAAUCACACUGCUAUUUUAAAGGGAAAGGACACAGCAGGAUUCAUUCAAAAGAAAAAAGAUGUCUCCAAGAUCUUAACAAGUCUCCACCAAUUCCAGCUUGCAUUGUUUUCAUUUCUCUUCAGUCACUUUGAUCGUUUUAUUUGGGCUUUUCUUGUACGACUGGUAAGCAUACCUUAUAGUAUGAGAAGGUUUUAUUAUGCCUCAUUCUAUCAUUUAAAAAUUACAUUUACAGAGAUGCUUUAAAAUGUCACAUCUCCAAGCACUUUUUUCUCAAUUUUCAGUGCAUAAUCACUGCAAUUGGAUUUUAAUAUUGGGGUUUAUAUUGAUUUUGCUGAAAGAGGAAAGAAAUUCUAUUUCAGCAAGUGUUAGUGGGUACCCAGUUGGUAAAAUUAUGAAAAAAGCAUUCAAGAAUGAGGCAAAAUCCUGUAAGCAGAGUUUCAAAUAUGCCUCUAAAAUGGCACACAUAGAGUUGAGAAAAACUAAGAGUAACUAAGAAAAGUUAUCUUAAAAUGUGCUGAAAUGAAAACAUUAUAUUUUUCUAGUCAUCCUUUUUGAUUGCCAUUAAGUAAAAUUAACGUCAGCUUCUAAUUUGUUUUUCUGCAUUGCCAAGGCAGCUGUUAGAAAUUGAUACACGUUUGCUACCCCAGCCUGUUCAUGGGAGCAGUCAUUGAACUGGACCUUUAUGGUGAAGAAAUUGCUGACAGACUUCAAAUGAGAAUGACUGUUGUUUUUAUUCAAACUAGAAAGAAAUUCCAGUGAAGAAGCUGAAGUGGCUCUGAGUGCUCAGCUUGGUAAGAGGUGACUUUUUUCCCACUUCAAAUAGUUAGUAAUCCAAUUUCUGCAGGUGGUCCCUCGUUAUGAAUCUGAUUCGCAGUCUUUGAAGUGCCUGUUUGGCAGGCAAUGAUCAGGAAAUCUCCAGGUUGGCUUAGAUAUAACACAAAAGAAAUUACCAGAGAGAUUUUAUGUCAAGAAUGUGAAAAACUUUUUGUUUUGUGUGUGUGCUUUGAGGUUCAUAGAUAAUGAAGCAGGUAAUUUAGAGGGCUUUAUAAUAUUUUCUAGUCCAAAGUAGGCAAAACUUUUCACCUGCAGUUACAUCAGCCUGUUGAAAGCAGAAGGUUUUCCGCUUUGUGUAGUAUUUUGGUGUUGCAAGCACCAAAUAAUUCACAGCCUAAGAAAUAUUUUAGGAAGAAAAACCAAAUAAAGGAAAAUUAAGUGUGUUCAAUCAGCAGAAUCCUCUUGUUUUAGGUGGGAUGUUUACAAUGUUGAUAAAUAUUCCUGGUGCAUACCAUAUGUAAUGCAGUGUGGUAGAUACUAAAGAAAGCAACCCCCAUUUUAAACAGUGUUUUGCAGUGUCAAACCCAAAGUACUUCAGUUUUCUGUUCUUUAAAAACAAAGGGAGAAAGACUAGAUUCUUUUUUUCCAUUUGGAUAUUUUGUUUUCCUCACUUUAAUGGCACUUGGUGUCUGAUCCUGUUCCCUUCUAGUCUAGAAGUUUCCCUGAAAUACUUUUGCAGUCCUUGCAGCUCCCAGUGCAGUGGACAAAAGGACUCUGUGUGUCAGAUAGCAAUCACAUGUAAACACUUUUGUCCCUAUAUUGGCACUUCUGUUGAUAACUACAUAGUGUUUACCAUGGAAUAUAACUUUUCUCCUUACACUUGUGUUGCAGAGGAAACACAUGGAAGUAGAGAAGUGUGAAAUCCCCAAACAAUUUAAUUACCUUUUCUUUUAGGGGGAGUGUAAGACAUUAGCUUCUAAAGAAACUAAAAAUGCUGUGUCUCAAAACAAUAGUUUCAAAUUUUCAAAAGGCCAUAGUUUACUAUGCUCUAUAUUUAUGCUCUAGUUCUAAAAUCGUGGUUUGUUUUUAGCUAAUGUGCAGAGCAGUUUGACACUUGUCUCUGAAAAUCAUCUACUCCCUCCAGAAGGAAGAUGGUGUUUGAGGAGAUGUUGCAAGCUGUGCAUCAGAAGUGAGUUGCAACAAUCUAUGGAAAAGGGAUUUUACUAUUCUUUUGGCAGGAUUUUGGCUGGCCUUCAUUUGUGAAUGAAAUCUUUUACACAGAGCUGUGUCACCAAUGCCCUCCCCUGUGCCAGCACGCAGGGUGCUGGUUCUCAUAGCAAACAUGGUCAUAUUAUGGCAGGAAAUGGUUCCCAGGGAAGAUGUCAUUUGAGAAGGCUUUUGUUAAUAAUUUGAGGCUAGUUUUCAUCAGUUUUUAUUCGACAUCACGUGUGAACUUCUCUCUGCAUCAUCAUCAGCCUAAAGAUGGAUUUAGGUCUUUACCAUUAGUGUACCACUGUCAGAAUUUCUUAAUAUCCUGGUGGUCUGAAUCUGGGAGAAAAUUAAGACUACAGAGGUUCAAAUAUAUGCUUUUAAAGGUACCAUUUGGCAUCUAAGCAAACUUCCCUCCCAAGUCCCAUUCUCUGCAUUCCAUGCUGGACAUAAAGUUCACUUGUUUCCUUUAAAAAUUUAAAAUUUCUGUCGCAACCUGAGCCUGGCUGGACUUGGAAUCCUAGAAGAUUUGGUCAGUUUUCAAAAUGAACCCUAAGCAUUUUUGAGAGCUUAGCCAUGAGUCUAAUGCAGCACCAGCUUUGUGGUUGGUGCUGGUUGUUAAUGAAGUACUUGUGCAAAAUCUGUGCAAGUCCUCCCACAGCUGAGAUGUUCCAGCAUCUCAUGGGAGGAAGGAAGGUUUCAGUUUAAGGAUGAGAAGUUGCUGAGCUUCCCAUGGCCUCGUGGGUAGAAGAUUGGACAGAAGCACAUUGCCAGAGUGAAGGAUACACCUCUCUGCAGGCACUAAGGGUUGCCUGCUCUGCCCAGCCUCAGCCCUGGACAUUGGCAAUAGAACUUGGGAAUUCUUCAGCUGGCAGCUCAGAGGUGGGGUAAUGGGUCCUCGAGUUGAUGGGGUUGUACACAGGCAGGAAGGAAGUGAAACCUGCAUUUUGUGGGAAGGAGGAAAGGAAAUCGUAGUCCAUUAUCAAAUAGAUUUUAUAAAACAAAAUUUAUUUACCUUUUCUUUCAAAAGCAAAUGUAAUCUUGCUGAAAUGGAUAAACAUAGGGUUUCUGGGAGGUUAAUUUAUGUUUGAUGUUGCAAUAUUAGUCAAAAUGAUAGCAGUAUUAAAGAGAAGAUAAUUAUUCCCAUUAAUUAAAGCAGGAGAGUCUUCUUUUUUUCCUAUUUUUCAGUGAAUCGACAAGAACAUCCAGGGAUCUUGGAGAACAAUACAUGUUAAAUUAUUUUGAACAGAUGAAAGAAUAAUAGAAAUUAGGUGACAGUUGUCUUAAAAAACAUUGGAAGAGCUUGCAAUAGUGCUGAUUAUUGAAGUCAAACUUCAAUUUAGAGCAAAAUAGCACCAGUACUUUUGAGAGCAAUUUAGUGUGAUAGAUCUUUCUUUGAAUUUAAUCACUUUCUUUUAGCAAAACAACAUUCCUCUGCAGGUAAAUCAAAGCAGGGUUUAGCUCCUGCUGUGGUAGAUAUUGAUUCCCAGUGUUGGAGGGAGCAGUGUGAGAAUUAUUCUCCAUUUACAACCUAAUUAUGAUUUAUUCAGAGGCCAUUAGUGGGAUUUUCCUGGCAGGCAGGUGUUUUUUUGAUGAAAAAUGCAUCUCCCCAUCUCAGCAGGAUGCAGAUGUCACCUGAGUGAGCACCUACUUGAGCUCUUAGGGCAAUGCAAGCUCCUCGGGAGCCUGGGGGCAGAACAGCGCUGGUGUAUUUCUGGAGAGUUCAUAUUCACAGUGACAAAAGGCAAGAGCUCGAGCUAGUUAACAAUACUUCUCUGAUAAAAGUGAAACAGUAAGCAUUGUGCAGUCUGAAACCCUGCCAGUGUCACUGAGGUGUAUGACAGACAUUCAAACACACUCGGACAUUCCCCUGAGUGCUUUGCUCCUGUGAAACUGAUGGUGAGUUCAGGUAAAACCAGGUUGGUCUUGGGUGUGGUCUGUCGAGCUGAAGGGUGUAGUAAAAAAUAAUUUUUGACUGAAGUUGUUUAAUUGUCCUUCGUCAAGGAAAGCUUUGCUUGGUGCAAGAGGAGGGGGGAAAAAAAAAAUUCAUUUGAGCUUUUCAGGUCACCAAUCUGUGCCAGUGGUUUCCUGCUUCCAAAGCUGUGUGUGCAGUAUGUCUGAGAUGUGGGAAUGGGGCAGCAGAGGAGAAUUGUUCUGCCCUGGAUGCCACAGGGAGUUCUCUGUGCUCUGGGGAGCACCACUGAAACCUGCAGGUAAGAAAAGAGCAGUGAAUUAGUUGGGGAAACCCAAGUAUUCCUGUUUUCUUUGUGGAAGCAUAAGGGCAGGUAUACAGGACUUUGCCACAGUUGCAAGCCAUGUGACCUUUUAUGACUGAAUUCUCUUGUCCUGAGGCAAAACCAUGGAAAUCAGAUCAAAUAAUAGCUCAAUUUUCAACGCUGUCUUCCUCUACCACAGUGAACGCUUAUAAACAAUUGAUGUGAAUUAGCAACUGCUCUUUGCUCUUAAGUAUUUAUUUAAGAGGUUUGGGAGGUUUUGGUGGUGCUUUUCAUUUUUUUCCUCUGACCCUAGUCAUUUUCACCCAAGGCUUUCUUAAAAAAGAGUAAAAAAUAAAAAGGCUCUGUGAUGUGGUCAGAGGGAAAACAGUGAGGGCUUUGCCAUGUGUGUACAUACUGCUCUAGGUAGAAAGGCUGCUCAAGUCUGUUAAAGCUGACUUUUCUUUUCAAAAUUCCUGCCUGAUCCUGAAACACAACGAAAACCUGUAUUUGAAUGCAAAAUGUUGAUUUGUAGCUGUUUGUAAACCUUGAUACAGUACUGCAGCUGGUGUCCCAAAAAGAUCAAAGACAACGUUCAUUACUGCUCUGUGAUGUUGAUGAUAUCUUUAAUAUUUCAACCAUGUCAGCGUACUUUUGAUCAUUACUUUUCUAAAGUUAAGUCUUCUUCUUUUGAAUAAUCAAUAUCAGAUGUUUGCAUGAUGAAAACUAAUUUAAGUUCACUUUUAAAAAAGCCGUGAUUCAUAAUGUGGGUUACGUUUGUUUAACAGAUUAACAUUUUCACUGAUGGGUGGCAGUUUUUUUUUUCCUUUUUAGUGCUUUUGAUAGAAGAACAUCUGGGAUAUUUUCCAACAAAACCACAUUUUUUCACCUUUGCCUCCAGUUGUGGAAGAAAUACCUUCCAAAAAUAAUUAUUUUCCAAUACAGUUUGGCCUGUCUGGGUAACGAUAUGCAAGUAUGUAUAUCACGUAGAAGAUGUGAUUGAAAAAAUUAAAAAUCCUAUUUUGGUAAAGUAAUCAAGAAAUUAACCUAGCAAGAUUACAACCCUUUAUAAAUUAAAAUCUUGGGUGUGCCAAUAUAACUGAAGCACCAGAUUUGAGGGCAAAAUUAUACAAAUUUUUUAUUUUAAAAUUGACAACAGGCCAGACAAUUUUUUACUUUUUUUUUCUUUUUUUUUACUUCAGGAAACACUGGGAAAUUUGGUCAUCUUACAUUCUGUCCUGUGAGGGUUGCCUCCUGGUCUGGAACCUUGGGGCAAAAUUAUUUUAAUGAUGCUUAUUCAAACUCUGCUAUAGUAGUAAAUUUCCACAAAUCACUCAUGUACUACAAAUUUAAUCCCUCCUUGAUUUUUUUUCACUUCAAAAGGUGAGAAAAAGAACAGGGGGAAGUGUAAUUUUAUACGGCUCUAUUUGAAAAAGGGUUUUGUGUACCUUUAUAAUUCUUUUGAAGCAAUAUUUUAAAAAAUAACUGCCAGCCAAAGUGGCAAUGCAGAAAAGUGCCAUCUUGUUUAGGAUUUGUACACACCAGUUUUUAACACAGUGUUCUUUUCACUAAGUACUACAUACAUUAAUUUAUAUUUAUAUAUUGUCAAUAUUGUUGUAACCAAGCUUCUCCUUUCUAAACACUUCAGGAACAAGGCCUUGUAUUUUUAGGUGAUUUUCAUAAACAAAAUAAUUCUUUUCCUUUCACUAGUUAUCUUGCACUCGAUACAUGUAGCAAUACUUAAUAUAUUCUCUUCACAAGUAUUUGUUAAGUGAUUUAGUUAAUGGCUGAUAAAUGUUUUGUACAAAAUAGAUUCUGUACAGGAAAAAAAAUCUUUUAGAUAAACAUUAUUUAUUUUUACUGUUUUGUAAGUUAGACACUAUAAUGAAGCUCCUUUUUGCCAGAAUUACUGGAAGUGCCUCUUGGUAAAAUGUAUUAUACGUAAAUAUGUAUUCAAAAUUAUUAGAAAUACUUGUCACAAAAUGAACAAUGUGGAUGUUGCAAUGUGAAGACAAAUGUACAACAUAAAUAUAAUUCUGUGGUAUCCUG